AUGGCACUCAAGCUAGGAAAAUGCAGAUUGUGCCUGAAACUGGGUGACUUCUAUUCGAUCUUCACUAUGGAUAACAAUUUACAGUUGGCGGAGAUGGUAAUGGAAUGUGCUCGAGUUAAAAUAUAUGAAGGUGAUGGACUACCAGACAAAAUUUGUAGUGAAUGUAUACAGAAACUUAGCAGCGCUCACAUUUUUAAACAGCAAUGUGAGAGGUCAGAUCAAGAGUUGAGACGCAACUAUAUUCCACCUCCAGAUUUCAGCUCUACACCUCCGCCACCUAAUAGACAGAGCAGUGACUCUGCUAUAUCAACUCACCUGGAAGUUUCGAAGCCUUUGUCUUCAAAUGACAGCAAAUUGUCAAUCGCGAGCAAGGUCACGCCCAUCAGUCGUAACAGAAAACGCAGUAAGGAUAGUAUGGGUGACGCAUCGACUAGUAGCGACUGUAGACCAGGCAGUUCUAAACGAGUUGAGGAAUUGAGACGGACGCGCAAGAAACCAAAAAUGCUCUCGAAUUACGAAUCCGACUUCGAUGACAGCGGCUCGUUUUACUCUCAGGAAACCGAUUCAGACGAUCCGCUACAGUACAAAUGUGAGAUAUGUGCCAGAGCAUUCAAGUCAAGGAACAGUCUGUCAGCACAUUCCAAAUGUCAUAAAAGAAAAAAUGCAAUAAAAUAUGACCCGGUGACCAAAGAAGUUUCAAUGUUGAAUACAUACGUACCAGAACUAUCUAAUGUGAGAGACGCUCAGGAUGAUGACGAUAAACUGAAGUGCGAAAAAUGUGGGAAAGAAUUCAAAUUGAAGAUAAUGCUCAAAAGACACAACGAGAUCUGUAGCAGGCCACCAAUGAAAGAACUCCUGAUAUCUCUAGAACCGAUGAACGCUAUACAUAAAAGAAACAGACUGGAUUGCGAGCAUUGUUCCUUGAAAUGUAGAACAAUCGAGAGCUUAGAGGAGCACACGAAGAUCGAACAUGGAGUGGAUCUGGACAAAGACAAGGUGUGCAUGAGGGAUCGCGACGGAAAAUUAUGUGUGCCGUGCUGUUACUGUGAAGAAAAUAUAGACGACUUCUAUAAAUACACCGCUCAUAUAGCUGAAUGUAACAAGAAGAACAACGAAACGGACGUCGUGUGCCCCGUCUGCAAACAGACGACGACGAAAACAAAUUACUUCGUACACGUUAAGGAGCAUUUCUUUCCAACUCGAACGAUUGAAUCUGGUGCUACACAAGAGAAUUUCCAGUGCAGAAUGUGCAACAAAGAGCUGCCGAGUCAGGAGUUGCUCAUCAAACACCUGGCUGCUCACAUGUCCAAUAUAGAUGACGCCGAUGAGGGAGGCGACGAAGAGUCUCGAGCGAGUACGGUUGAAGACUGUGGAUCGAUACAUUCUGAAUACAGCAUAAAUACGCCAAAAACAACUUUGCGGUGUAAACAUUGUGAUAAGACGUUUAAAUAUAAAAAAGCCUUGCAAUCUCACGAGGAAAAGCAUAGAAGUGAAGUGAAAACAGAAGUUCCCGAAACAAAUCAGUCAACAGAUAGUAUUAACGAAAUGGACCAAUCAUUCGGACAGUAUGACUCAGAUACUAGUCAAGAAGACGGCGAAGACGAUAACACUUGUGAUAUUUGUGAAAAACAGUUUUCAUACAAGAGACAGCUGUUGCAGCACAAGAGAACCAAGCACCACAUGACGUCGGGAACAAAGAGAGCGAAGAUUAACUUGAAGGACUGUUCGGUCCGGUGCUUGAUAUGCGACAUAGAGAUGAAGGUUAGCGCCAUCAACGAACACAACCAGACACAUAUCUCAGUGAACAUCAAGCCCAGGAACCUGUACACGUGUCUGGAGUGCACUCAACAGUUUAAGAGCUGCAGCGCUCUGGCCAGCCACAUCAAGCUGGUCCACCGGCUCAAACAACAGCCGAUGGAUUCUAAAGUGAAAGCGGAUCUGGCGGAUUUUUGUGAAGUCGUUGUGACCAAGGCGGAACCCCUGGACGAGCUCCAGAAUCACAACGGCGUAAAUGAAAAUUCCGCCAGCGAUGUUAAACCUUUAGUCAACAUGAGCGGAUUCAGCUGUCCCACUUGCAACAAAACUCUGCCCACCCUGAUAUCACUCAAGAGGCAUAUCAACUGGCACAAUAAUGUUGGUAAGAACAUGGAAAAGAAAUUGGAAUGCUUUGUAUGUAAAGAGGUCGGUAGGCUGUUCAUCGGUUACAAUGUUCCUUACCAUAUCUUCUAA